UCUUGACCACCAUCCUUCCGAUCUUCAAUAGCUUUUCAUUGUGAUAGUUCUGAGGUGCCAUACUCGGAAUCCCAUCACUGCGGCUUUGAGUCUCGAACGACAGUGAUUCUCUGCCCCUUAAAGAGCCUGCGCGUCGCGGAGUUGAUCGGCACGAGCUGUUUCGGGGAGUCAAAUUCCAGCCGAAUCAUCAGACUCUCCACGGCGAUCAGCUACAUCAAAGUCUAUUACGAAGAUGUCUUAUCGUGUUGAACUUUCCUCCAGCGGGCGUGCUGGAUGCCGCGCUACAGAAUGUAAGAAAGCUGGGAUCAAGAUUGAAAAGAAUGAGUUGAGAAUGGGAACCUGGGUCACUAUUCAAGACAAAGGUUCUUGGCAGUGGAGACACUGGGGCUGCGUCUCGGGAUAUCAGCUCCAAAAUUUGCGUGCUUAUCUCGAAGAUCCAGCAAAGCCUGGUGUGUACCGAUGGGACUUUCUUGAUGGAUAUGAAGGCGAUGACAAGAAUAGUCUUGAAAAGCAUCCCGAGGUUCAGGAGAAAGUUCGACGUGUCAUUACUCAGGGUUUCAUUGAUCCAGAAGACUUCAGAGGCGACCCUGAGAUGAACAAACUUGGCGAGAAAGGCCUGUACACUUCCGUAUCAAAGUCUAAAAUGAAGGUAGACGAGGCGAGUAAGAAGGAUGAGAAGGCGGAGUCUGACGAAGAGGAGCCAGAUAAGAAGGCAGUGAAGAGAAAGCGAGCUACGAAAGCCAAGAAAGAGGAAGAUGAUGAGGAGGAGGAGAAGCCUGCGAAGAAGUCCCGCACCAAGAAAGUCAAGAAGGAAGAAGAUGAUGUUGAUGAGGAGGAUGAAGAGAAGCCCGCUAAGAAGCCUCGUGCUAAAAAAGUCAAGAAGGAAGAAGAAGGUGAUGACGAGGACAAGCCCGUAAAAAAGUCUCGUGCCAAGAAAGCCAAGGAAGAAAAUGACGAUGAUGAGGAGGAUGAAGAGAAGCCUGCUAAGAAGUCCCGCGCCAAGAAAGUCAAGAAAGAAGAAGCCGAUGAGUCUGAGUCAAAUAGUGUUGAUGGGGUCGUUGAAUCCUCAAAGUCCGGUGCAAAGGCUGUAGCAAAGAAGGGCGGUAAGAAGACUGCUAACCAGGAGAAUCCUGAAGACACUUCAACUGGUGCUAAAGGAGAACCCUCCGAGACGGGUGAAAAUUAUAUCCCGGGCAUCAAGGAUUCGGAUCUUCAAGACUCAUUUAACGCUGCUCUUGAUGCUGGUGAGAUCGAAGAUGAUUUCGACGCUUACAUCGAGAACAAGAAAGCCGAGCUCGCCAAGCCGCAACCAAAGAAGGGAGCUAAAGGCAAGAAGACCGCCGCUCCAAAAGCCGCUGCUUCUCAACGGGCCACCCGCAGCAAAGCCUAAUACACUGGACGUAUGGUGCUAUGAAAUGUUAGCAUUGCUCACUUCCUUGCUCUCUCUCUAUCCACGGAUCUCUCAAACAGUCUUCGGAUUUUAUUCGACUUGGCCAGGUCUGCUUCAUCGAUGUACAACACAAAAAGUUCUCCACUUCCAACGGCACAGGUGUUCAGGGUUGCUCGCUUUGCCUCAGUUGCCGCGAUCCUCUUCUCUAGUCUAUCCCGUAUGUUUGUUACCUUUCUACAAUUGCAUUACGAAUCAGGGCUCUGGUUUUUGCUAUGGGAUUAUGCCUAUAGGGCAGUAAUUGCAUGUGGAAAGCUGAUAAGCGAUACUCGUAAGGUAUAAUUUGUAAUAUAGCUCUAGCUAGCCCCUUUACUCACAAACAUGGUCUGCAAAUCCAGGCUGUCGGCUUUCGUCUUGUGAAGUCAUGUGGAUAGUGUCACGAUUUCAGUGUCAACUCAUCUC